AUGAACUGGGCUCCAGCGCCUGGGUGCUGGCUGGUGCUGCGGGUGUGCUCGGUGGACUCGCGCCCCGAUGCAGUGCCGGCGGUACUGCGGGCGCUGCCUGGGUGCGCCAAGGCGGACAGCGAGGCGCUGACCUGUGUGCUGGCCAGCCUGGUGCCUGCGAGCCGCGGGGCGGGAGAGCCGCCACGCUGGGCCCCGGAAGCCGUGCGCUUCCUGAGCGCCCUACGAGGCUGCGAGCUGCGUGGGCGGGUGGUGGAGGUGCUGUCCUCGCCUCUGCCUCUAGUGCUGCUGGACCUGCCCGCCGUGGCGCAGCGCAUGCUGGAGCUGCGCCUGGCGCGCUUCCUGCCGGCCGGCCUCUUCCGCCCUCUGCUGGAGCGCCACCUGCUGCGCCGCGCGCCGGAGCCUCCGGGCCCCAACUACUACUACCCACAACUGCAGUGCGGAGUCACGGAGCCUGUGGUGGUUACGCACGUGUGUCACCCGCUGCGCGUGCACUGCCAGCUCCGCGGGCUGGUGCGGGAGAUCCGACAGCUGUCGGAGAGCAUGGCGCAGGCCUACGGUUGCGCCACGGGAAUGCCUGAGGCUGUCCGGUCGAGGGCCCCCAGCGACAGUGCGGAUGACAGCCCCGACGAGAGCCCAGAUAAGCCAGGUGCACCCUGCGCCGCCUGCGGGCCGGACGGUCGAUGGUAUCGUGCGCUGCUGUUGGCCACGCUGCGGGCGCGGCGCUGUGCACAGGUGCUGCUGGUGGACCUGGGGCGCCAGGAGCUCGCGAGCCGCGCCCGCCUGCGCCCCCUGCUGCCCGAGCAUUUCCGCAUGCCUGUGGUCACCUACCCGUGCGCCCUGCUUGGGCUCUGGGAUGGCGGGCGGGGCUGGUCUCGCGCGCAGGUCCGAGAACUGCGGGCUCUACUGCUGGGCCGUGCACUGAGUGCUAAGAUCGAGUUCUACUGCGUCUUUGAGCACGUGUACUAUGUCACCCUGUAUGGCGAUGACGGCGUCAACCUCAACCGCGUAUUCGGGGAGCAGACGUGCUCCUUAGCCGACCAGUUCUUGCAAAGCUCAGGAGAAGAAGAGGGGCAAGAGGAGGAGGAAGACGAUGAGGAGGAUGAGGAAGAGGAGCAGGACCCAGGAACGCAGGCGGCGGGCCCAGACUCUGCCCACCCGGGCCUAAGAUCCAUCAGGCUGAAGCCCAGCACUUUCUACGAUGCCCAAGUGGAGUUUGUCACCAGCCCCUCUGAGUUCUGGAUCCGCUUGAAGAAGCAUAGCGGUGCCUUCAGCAAGCUGCUGAGGAAGAUGUGCAGUUUCUACUCCUUGGCCAGCAAGCUGGAGGGCGGUGUCCUGAAACCCAAGCCCCAAGAACUCUGCUGCGUAAAAUGGAAAGACAAUGGCUAUUACCGGGCCAUUGUGACCAAACUGGGUGACAAGAGUGUGGAGGUCUUCCUGGCUGACAGGGGCAACACAGAGCAAGUGGACUGGGGGGACCUAAGGAUGCUGCUCACCCAGUUCAGGCGGCUGCCCGCGCUGGCCCUGAGGUGCACCCUUGCUGAUGUGUGGCCUUUGGGAACAGCCUGGAGCCAGGAGGCCAUCUCUUUCUUCAGAAAGACUGUGUUGCACAAAGAGUUGGUCAUCCACAUCCUUGCCAAGCGGGCACAGCAGUAUGUCAUAGAGAUUCUGGGUGAGUCAAGAGCAGGGGAGGAGAACAUUGGGAAGGUUAUGACUCAAGCCGGCUAUGCCAGAUAUCAGGAGUUUGAAACCGCAGAAGGCAUGGCAGCCUGUGGACACUCCCCAGGGCAAAAUCCAGACCAUUUCAUUGUUGAGAAUGAGAAAAUACCUUCUACCACAAAGGUAGAAGAACAGAUAGUGGAGACAGAUAAAACUCUAUCUGUUUCCCAAGCUUUGAUUGACACAACCAUGGUUAAAAAGAGUUCAACUGGAGGAGUUGCACAGGAAAAAGAGAAUGCAGCAUCUGUUCACUCUUCUCUUAUGCCAUUGGACUCCUUGACAAGGAAGCCCGGGUCUUCUCCAAUAGAACUAGAGGUUGGAAGUAUUGCAGAGGUCAAAGUGUCUCAUAUUGAAAAUCCUGGUGAUUUCUGGUGUCAGCUGGCCAGGAAUGUACACAAAAUUAGAGCCCUAAUGAGUGACAUAGAGGACCAUUGCAAAGCCUCAGCAGCCCCUUACCGGGGGGCCUCUCCUGCUUGUUUGGCAAAGCGGGCAGCAAGUGGCGAGUGGUCCAGAGCCCUGGUGAUGGCGGCACUGUCUGAGGAGCAUGUCAGAGUACACUUUAUAGAUUAUGGAGACACAGAUGUGAUCCCCAUGAAGAACAUUUAUUCAACUGACGACAGGUUUCUCAAGGUCACACCUUUGGCUUUCAGGUGCAGUCUUUAUAAUUUAAUUCAACCAACUGGUGAAAGUCCCUUUGUUUGGGAUGAAAAGGCAACCCAGGCCUUCAGUGAUUUUGUGCAUAAUGCGCAGCAGAACUGUCUAGAAUUCAAAUGCACGAUAUUUGCCGUGCUCUCGGUACAUAAGGAACAGUUUCGUGUUGUGGAUUUACUGACUCCUUUUCAGAGCGCAUGCCACACGUUGGUAGAAAAGAGACUGGCCAGACCAGUAAACCUUCAGAAGUCACUGGAGGCUUCUGUCCAGCUGCACUCCUACUACUAUUCUGCACAUGACAUGAAAAUAGGAAGUGAGGAAUCAGUGUGCGUAACGCACGUUGAUGACCCUCUGACAUUUUAUUGCCAGCUGGCAAAAAAUGGGGAUAUGUUAAAACAUUUGUCAUGUCACAUAACUGAAUUAAUUAAAGUUUUGCCCAAUGCACAAACAUCACCCUGGACCCCUGGAAGUUUGUGCCUUGCCAGGUAUACAGAUGGCAACUGGUACCGGGGACUAGUUAUUGAACAAGAGCCAACUAAAGUUUUCUUUGUUGACUUUGGGAAUGUUUAUGUGACCAGUAAUAAUCUGCUUCCAAUACCUCAUGAUGCGUAUGAGGUUUUGCUUUUGCCCAUGCAAGCUGUGAAGUGUUCAUUAUCUGAUAUUCCCAAUCAAAUACCAGAGGAAAUUACAACAUGGUUUCAGGAGACUAUUUUCGAUAAGUCAGUGAAGGCGUUGGUCGUAGCAAAAGAUCCAGGUGGAAAACUGAUUAUAGAGCUGUAUGAUGACUGUGUUCAAAUCAAUGCUAUUAUUAAUGAGAAGUGUGGGCUACUUGGUUACAAAACCACAACAAGGGACAAAGAGAAAGAAAGUGGAACCCUCAGCUCCACAAGUGAAACUCUCAAAGAAAAUAAUGAAAAUGUGAAGUUUUCACCCAUGGAGUAUUUAAGUAAAUCAGCAGAGAACCAGUUAUGCUCUUCAGAGACUUUGGGAGACUCAUUCAAGCCUCCAAUUAGCUCAUCAUGGGACAAACUCGGACACUUACAAAAUUCAACAAAGACCACCUGUGUCGCUCACCCUCAGUGUUCUGUGGGGAACACUAAUAAUCAAGGGUUGCUACUUACAGGAGAAAAGAAAGAGGACGUUUUUGAUGACCCACCUUUAAAAGCCACAAAACAGGAUGCCACCCUUCCAGAGAAGACAGUGGAGUCCCAUAACAAAGAUCUGCCUCGGAAAUUCCAUGAGUUCCCACAGAAGAUGAUAAUGCCGGGCUUUAAGACAAAUGUGUAUAUUUCACAUAUCAAUGACCUUUCUGACUUUUAUGUCCAGCUGAUAGAAGAUGAAGCAGAAAUCAAUCUGCUUUCAGAGAGAUUAAAUGAUGUGAAGACAGGACCCGAGCGUUACACAGGUCCUUUGCAAAAAGGAGAUGUAAUAUGCGCUGUCUUCUCAGAAGACAGUUUGUGGUAUCGAGCUGUGGUCAGGGAGCAACAGCCCGACCACCUUCUCUCUGUGCAGUUUAUUGAUUAUGGCAAUGUUUCUGUGGUCCACACGGACAACAUCGGUAGGCUCGAUCCUGUGAAUGUGCUACUACCAUGUCUAUGCAUUCAUUGUUCUCUAAGGGGACUUUGGAUUCCUGACAUUGCCAAGUGCAAGGAAGUGACGCAUUACUUCUCUCAAAGGACGGAUGAGGUGCAAAUAAGAUGUGAAUUUGUUAAAUUUCAAGAGAAAUGGGAAGUUAUCCUUGCCGACGAACGUGGGAUCAUAGCAGAAGAUAUGAUGAGCAGAUACACUUAUAGAAGAGAACCUCAAAUAUGUCUUCCUACCCAAACAAUGAAAGGUGACACUGCCAAGUCUGCUAAUAAAUCAGGUCUUGACACUACAGUGUUGCUUAACUGGCAUAAUCCUCAAAUGAAGACAGUGAAAGCUUAUGCUGUGGUGGUAGAUGGGCCUGAGUACUUCUGGUGUCAGUUUGCUGAUACUGAGAAACUUCGAUAUUUAGAAAUUGGAGUACAAGCUGCUGCAAAGCAGACAAGAGAUUGGAGGGACAGUGUCCGAAGUCCUCGCAUUGGAGAUCCUUGUAUGGUGAAAUAUAGAGAAGAUGGACAUUACUAUAGAGCACUCAUCAUUGAUAUUCGUAAAGAUCAUCUUUUGUCUGUCAGGCUUAUAGACUUUGGAAAUGUUGAAGACUGUAUGGACCCCAAAACAGUCUUGAAUAUUCCCCCUGAGUUCUUAUCCAUUCCCAUGCAGGCCUUUCCAUGCUGUCUUUCUGGAUUUAAUGUUUCAGAAGGUGUCUGUCCUCAACAGGGAAAUGAUUAUUUUUAUGAACUAGUAACAGAAGACGUGUUGGACAUAGCCAUAUUAGAAAUCAAGAGGGAUGUUUGUGAUGUCCCUUUAGCAAUUGUUGAAUUGAGAAGCAAAGGUGAAAGUAUUAAUGAGAAAAUGAAGAAAUAUUCUAAAGUUAACAUUGCCAAGAGCUUCCUGCCUCAUGAGAAAGAUGGGCCAGAGAUCAAGGGAGCCCUUAGGUGCUCCCAUCCUGAUGUUGGAUUUAAGAAACCAAUCAAUAUAGUAGGCCAAGAUAAAUCCUUGUCUGUGGAACCACAAGCGGAUGAGCUUUCUGAAAGGACUACAAAGGGUUUAAACACUGAAACCAAACCAAGUAGAUUCUGUGGAGCUGAGAAAGUUUUUAAGGCCUUUGAAAAACCUUGUGAAGGGGGAUCUGCUUCUAUCCUAGGGAUCCCAAAAGAGUGCUACUUGGGUAACCGGGCAGUAUUUGAUGAUGAAUUCCUAAUUACAGAAUUUAACACAUUAUUGCCACGUGCCAGUGAAACCAUGGAAAUCUUAGAACUGAAUUCCUUUGAGGUUCCACGUUCCCCUGAUGAAGACUUGAAAGAAUUCUUGGAACUAGAAUCCCUUCAGUUACAACCAUCUCCCAUCAGGGAUGAAGACAAAGAGGAUUUAAGCCUGGAGCCACUGAUCACACCACUCUUAGGAGGCUGUGGCCCCCAAGCUACCCCAGAGCCAUUUCCAGUCCAGCUUCUCCACGGCUGUGGGUCUGAGACACAGUCAGAAAUGGAACUUCCCAAAGCCUCACUGUCUCCUGAGGAUGUCGUGGGUUCCCCAUCUGCGCCAGUUGCUGAGAAAGCCCACGAGCCUGAGUAUCUAGAGGGUACAAGAGAGGCAGGUAGUGGGGAUCCUGUGGAUGAGCAGCUCAGGGUUCCAGUGCUUGUCCACAAGGAGAGCCAUGACCCCACGAUGCAUACAGAAAUGAGUCUUUUUGAAGUGCAACUUCCAGAAUAUAGAAACAUGGAUGCCAUUUCAUCCUUGGUACCUUCACUCCUGGAAGAAGAAUACAGAGAUGGAAAGAAACAAAGUCAUGCUUCACCAGAUAGUGGCUUAGCUCAACUUCAGAGCACUUACUCUCUGAAAGGAUUUACUGUUGGAUCCAAAUGCGUGGUGUGGUCGAGUCUAAGAAACACGUGGUCUAAAUGUGAGAUUUUGGAAAUAACUGAAGAAGGCACAAAGGUUCUGAACCUUUUGAAUGGCAUGGAGGAGUUGGUGAACCCGGAGGAUGUCUGGAAUGGCAUUCCUAAAUCAGAGAAGAAUCCAUCCAAGGCUUCCUUCCAAACACUGGGAAAAGAUCUUUACUUCCUGUCACUGGAUGACACUACAGCUAAAGAUGAAGGUAUUUCUCUUCUUGUCCCAGAAGAGGAGUCUGGAGCUGAUUUCAGUUUUGCUGAGGACCCAAGCAGAUGCAUAAGGGACAUCUCACCCAGACCAAAUGUACCGGAGAAGGCUGGCAGAGCUUCGCCACAGGAUAUUGUCACUUUUGCAAACUGAUGUGUGUUGAAAAUGACAUAGGCCUUUUGUGCUGGCUGUAGAGUGUAUUUAUAGUGUGACUGCUGUAUUUGCAGAUUUGGGAUCUUUCUUCUGCCUUUAAUUGUUUUUACAUUUCUAAUCAGCUGGGAGGAUUUAUGUUGUUAAACAAUUUUGUUAACAUAUCCCACUUCAAAAGAAGAGCUGUUGACAUUUUUUUUCUGUAUAAAUGUUUAUAUUCAAAUAGAAAAAUAUAGGCCUGUGACGAGUCUGUUA